GAUCUUCGUUCAGUCAGCGCAGUCGCACACACAAUCAGCCUCUCGUUCUCGAAUGACCCGUUAAUCCGGUGGCUACGACCUGCUGCUGCUCCAUGGAUAAGGCGGCAUACGAGCACAUUCAAUUGGCAAUAUCGUCGGGUACAACGGUUCAUCUCUGAGGGCCUUGUUUUUCAAUCGGCUCCAGUAUAUCAGAUUGCACAUUUGUUUCCACCAAAUCGAGGAGUGUCAGAUAGUUCAGCCUCGAUCAAGAAGAUACCGCACUGUCAUGAUGAAAAUGAUGCUGGCGUAGCUAUUAUGCUAUAUCCGCCUUCAAGGCAAUCGAGAUGGACAAUCGGGAGGCUCAUUUUAAGUGUAAAGGUUUGGUUUCUGGAUCUGGUAAGCCCAGUCACAGACGAUGGGGCAAAUAUGAUGCGCGUGGAAAAGCUUAUGAAGUCUCAUGACACCUCGCUCAACACCAUCGAAAAAAAAUAUGGUGUAAAUGAUCUGUGGUAUCUUGAAGUAUUGGCUGUCCAUCCUUCUCUCCAAGGCCGAGGAUUAGGCAGCAUGGCGAUGCAGUGGGUUCUGGACCGUGUUCAGGAUUCGCCGAUCUUCCUAGAGUGCACAGCGGAGCAAAAUGUGAAGUUUUAUGAGAGGCUAGGUUUUGAGGUUGUUGAAGAAGUGGAUUUGACCGAUGAAACAGACAUCGCCAAAGUUUGGCUCAUGCUUCGACAGACACAGAAACUUAGUUCCUAA